CGGCUGUCAGGCGCAGAGGAAUGAUAAUUAGAAAGAGAUUGACUCGGCGACAAGAAGAAAAAGAGGAAGAAGAAGAAGAAGGAGGAAGAUGAAGAGGAGCCGGGCCUGCAGCAGCGGGGCGAGGAGUGCAUGAAGGAGGAGAGGAGGAGAAAAGGAGGAGAGGAGGAGGAGGGAGCGCACUGAUCACAGUCUGAUCAACGCGGAGGAGAGAGGAGAAAACGGCGGCUGUGUGUUUUUCUUUUCUUUUUCUCUCUCGGAGGGAGAUGAUGGUGACAGCAGCAGUGGAGGAGGAGAUAGAGGGAUGAGCAGGGAUCAAUAAUCUUCCCUCCCUCCUCCUCUUCCUCCUCCCCCACCUUCAUCCCGCCAUCACCUCUGCAGGAGCCGCUGAAACCUGAUGUGGACAUGUCCUCCAGCGGGACGGUAACCAUGGUGACCCCCGGAUGCCUCGAUGAAGAACGUCUGACAUGACAUUUCACCUGUGCGCAUCACUUCCUGUGACCGAGCGGCUGCAGGCUGCCGGGCGGCGAGCUGCAGAGCAACUCAUGGACCAGGACCAGGACCAGGUGAAGCUCUGCUCCUCCAGCAGGAGAUGAUCUUCCACUGCUACCUUUUAAUUUCCCGGAGCUUCUUUGGGUUGUGUUGAUUUCUCCCAGUUUGAUUCCAGACUGUUUUUUGUUGCUGAGAGGGUCUGAACUUAAGUCUGAAGGCUCUUUUUCCUGCUCAGAAGAACUCUCUGGUUUGGAGAAUAUCCCCAGGAUUUUACCAUGAGGAGAAGCAGGGAGGCUGGAGGUUAGUCAGCUCAGUCUGGGAGCUUGUGCGUGGUGUUGCAGACUGCAUUUCUGCAGGAAAAAACGGAAAAUUCAUGGUCCUACUGGUGCUGGACGAUCUUCAGUUUGUCCACCAUGAUGAGGUGCGGUGUCUUUGCCACAGAGAGACAAACAGAGUGUGUGUCCGCUCUGCUUCCUGCUGCGGGGAAACAGAAGUUCUGAUCUCCUGCAUGGAGUGCAAAGAGUGGAUACAACUGACUCACUGACAGACUAACAGUUUUUUUGUGUUUGGGGGGGGGGGGGGGGUUGGAGACAAUCUCUUUCUCUAUAUUGUUUUUUUUUUUUUUAUCCUCCAUGGGUCUGAAGCCCAGAAGAACCUGUGAGUGAGCCGGGGCAUGGUCCACGCCUCAAUACGCCUCUGUGACUGGAGCCGGCGAGGACGCGCUCCAUCUUGAUCCUUGAAUCAGAAAUCCAAGAGGAAGAAGUCCUCUCCCCCCCACUUACCUCUGGUGGGGGGGAGGGUGAAGGGUAGUCUAGUUGUAGGGUGUAGGGCUCAGGGCCAAAGGGUGUAGAUCUUUAGUUAUUUAGACUUUAGUUUUAGGUUGUAGACUAGACGGCAGAGUUAUUCUCUGUUGUGUUCAGUUUCAGCUCCUGAUCUGUGACUCAGGCCUGAAUCUACCUGAUCUUUAGUUUAGAGAUUAGCUUUAGUGAUUGUUUCCUCAGCUCUUAUUCAGCCUGAGGGUCCUCAGCCAUUAGUCUGUGUUCUAACUCUCAGACUAGCUAGUCAUGGAUGCUAACCAGGGCCCGGGCCAGGGCAGCCCCGAGAGCCCCAACCGCGCCGUGGAGUACCUUCUGGAACUCAACAACAUCAUCGAGAGCCAGCAGAAGCUUCUGGAGACUCAGCGGCACCGGAUCGAGGAGCUGGAGGUCCAGCUGGACCGGCUCAGCCAGGAGAACAAGGACCUGCGUCUGGACCGGCAGCCCGUGGCUCCUCCUCCACCCGCUCCUCCCCCCGAGCCUCCCCUCCCUCCUCCUCCCCCACCGCCUCCGCCCACUCAGACCACGUCCGCCAAGAACCACCACCACCACCACCACCACAACAGCAGCCAGUACCAGCCCCCACCCCAGCCCCCCUCCUCCAUCCUGCUGCACCACCACCACCAGUACCACCAGCACCACCACCACUCCUCUGCCCACCACUCCUACAACAGCUCCAACAGCACCGGCACUGCGGCCAUCCCGGCCCCCGCUCCGUCCUCAGCCCCCACCUCCAUCUCCAUCCCCACCCAGAUCCAGAUCCCGGCUCCGGUCUCCUCGCCGGCCCCGGCUCCACCCCCUCCUCCUCCCAUCCCGCCGCGGGACCAGCCACGGGCCCACAGCCGGCUGACCCGCUUGCCCUCCACCAGCACUGGCACCAACACCAACUUUGUGGAGAAAGAGAAGGAGCGGCUGGAGCGCUUGCACAGAGCCAACGCCUCCAACAACCACCACGCCCACACCCUCCACCACCAGAAAUCUGUGGAGGGCGACCCUCAGUGUCCGGAGGCUCUCACUUUUUCUGACUCGUCCUUCGGCCACCCGCCUCCCUUCCACCGCUACAGCAACAGCUCCCUGACCAGCCCCUGUGACCCCUACAGCUCCAACUCCUCUAGCGGGCCCCUGGGAGCCUCCCACACACACACACAGGGUAGCUCUCCCAUCUCUCCCCCCAGCCCGGCGAGCCUCGCGUGGGCUCAGCGCAGCCGACACCAGCCGGCCAGCCUGGCGCUCCGCAAGCAAGAGGAGGAGGAGAGCAAACGCUGCAAGGCUCUCUCUGACAGCUAUGAGCUCUCUACAGACCUCCAGGACAAGAAGGUGGAGAUGCUGGAGAGGAAGUACGGGGGACAGUUCGUGUCGCGGCGGGCGGCGAGGACGAUCCAGACGGCGUUCAGGCAGUACCGCAUGAACAAGAAUUUUGAGAGGCUUCGCAGCUCAGCAUCAGAGAGCAGAAUGACACGACGCAUCAUCCUGUCCAACAUGAGGAUGCAGUACUCAUUUGAUGAGCGCCAGCCGCAGGGUCAGGGGUCAGCAGGUCAGCAGGGCUCCGACGACACGGGAGACUUGGACGACUCAUUCUCCAAACAGGUCAAGUCUCUGGCCGACUCCAUGGACGACUCGCUCACCUGCCAGUCGGGCCGCGAAGACUCUCAGGAGGCGGGAGGAGAGGGCGAGGAGGACGAUGAGGAGGAUGAGGAGGAGGGAGACGAAGAAGAGGAGGAGGAGGAGGACGAAGGCGAGGAGGACGAGGAAGAAGACGAGGAGGAAGAUUACAGAGCGUGCGUGUGGCGAAACACCAACGCAUCCUCGCGGCGCGUGGCUGGCCGGCCGGGGGUCGGCGGGGGGCGGGGCGGCGCCGCCAUGCACGAGGACAGCACCGCCACCUCCUUCAGCGACGUCACGCUCUACAUGGACGAUGGCUGCCUCCCCUCCUCGCCGCUGUCCCGUCCACCGUCCUCGCCGCUGUCCCGCCCCGCCUCCAGCUCAGACACAGAGUACUGGGGAGGAGGGGGGGGAGGGGGCACGGGGGGGAGGGAAGACAGCAGGGAGACGGAGGGUGGCAGCAACGCCAGCCGCAGGAGCAGCACGCCAUGCACCGAGUGCCGGGGAGAGUACAGAGGGAGGGCCGGAGGAGGAGGAGGAGGACACCUCCCAGUCCUCACCAUCGAACCGCCCAGUGACAGCUCAGUGGACAUGAGUGACAGGUCGGAGCGGGGCUCCAUCGGGCGGCUGGUGUACGAGCAGGAGCCGUCGGGAGCAGAGCGAGGAGGAGGAGAGAGGGAGCGGAGGGGAGGAGGAGGAGGAGAGGGAGAGAGCGGGGAGGACGAUCAGGGCGGAGGAGGUGGAGGCAGCAGCGAGGCCGACUCUCCGCAGGGAACCAUCAAACACAAACCCAACGGGCGCUCGGUGGCCACAGCGCAGGGUCAGACCCGCAGCCCCGCCAACGUGCCCAUCGCCCUGCCCUCCGCCCGGGCGCUGCCCCCGCACCCGCUGCCCCAUCCGCUGCAACACACACACCCACACCCCCACCCUCACCCUCACCCCUCCCCCAUCCCCCACCUGCCCACCAUCCUCCACCACCACCCGCAAUACAGCCAGCCACACAUCCUGCACAUGCACCACGUGCACGGCGGCGGUGGCCCAUACAUGCAGCAUGCUCACCACUUUGCCCAGCAUCACUACCACCACCUGCACCACCAGCACCACCACCUGCCCCAUGGCUACCCAGAGCCCCCCUCUCCCCGCUGCCCUCCCCCGUGCCCCCGCUCACGCCUCUCUCGCCGCUGCCGCCACCCACUCACGCCCUCGCCGCUGUCCUCCUCGUCCUCCUCUGCGCUGCAGAACAUGGAGGCGCAGCAGCAGCACCACGGCCACCACCCCCACUUGCACCACCACCACCUGCUCUGCUCCGAUGGAGACAACGAGAGCGUCAACUCCACCACCACCAACUCCAACGACGACACCACCGUCAACAACUGCAGCUCCGGCUCCUCGUCACGCGACAGCCUACGGGAGCCGAUCGGAGGGGCGGCGCUCGGCAAGCAAACCUACCAGAGAGAGAGCCGCCACAGCUGGGACUCACCCGCCUUCAACAACGACGUGGUGCAGCGGCGGCAGUACCGCAUUGGACUCAACCUCUUCAACAAGAAGCCGGAGAAAGGGAUCCAGUACCUGAUUGAGCGAGGCUUCGUAUCUGACACGCCGGUCGGCAUCGCUCGCUUCAUCCUGGAGAGGAAAGGCCUGAGCCGGCAGAUGAUCGGAGAGUUCCUUGGCAGCCGGCAGCAGUUCAACAAGGACGUCCUGGACUGUGUCCUGGACGAGAUGGACUUCUCAGGGAUGGAUCUGGACGACGCUCUGAGGAAGUUCCAGGCUCAGAUUAAAGUUCAGGGUGAAGCUCAGCGGGUGGAGCGGCUGGUGGAGGCCUUCAGCCAGAGGUACUGCGUCUGUAACCCGGUGCUGAUCCGCCAGUUCCAGAACCCGGACACCAUCUUCAUCCUGGCCUUCGCCAUCAUCCUCCUCAACACAGACAUGUACAGCCCCAACGUGAAGCCGGAGAGGAAGAUGAAGCUGGAGGACUUCAUCAAGAACCUGCGUGGUGUGGACAAUGGGCAGGACAUCCCGCGGGACCUGCUGGUGGCCAUCUAUGGACGAAUCCAGAAGUGGGAGCUGAGGACCAACGACGACCACGUGUCCCAGGUGCAGGCGGUGGAGAGGAUGGUGGUCGGCAAGAAGCCAGUGUUGUCUCUGCCUCACCGCAGGUUGGUGUGUUGCUGUCAGCUGUUUGAGGUUCCAGAUCCAAACAGAGCUCAGAGGAGCGGAGUCCACCAGAGAGAAGUCUUCCUGUUCAACGACCUGCUCAUGGUGACGAAGAUCUUCCAGAAGAAGAAGACUUCAGUGACGUACAAUUUCAGACAAUCAUUUCCUCUGGUGGACAUGCAGGUCCACACCUUCCAGAACACCUACUACCCUCAUGGUAUCCGGCUGACGUCAGCAAACCCCGGGGGAGAGAGGAAGGUGCUGAUCGUCUUCACAGCUCCGAGCCAGCAGGACCGAGCGCGCUUCACCUCCGACCUCCGAGAGAGCAUUGCUGAGGUCCAGGACAUGGAGAAGUACCGCGUGGAGUCCGAGCUGGAGAAGCAGAAAGGUGUGAUGCGUCCAGGUGUUCUGACGGGCGGAGGGCCGCCCACGCCAGGGGGCGGGGCCAACAUGGGCGGGAUGAAGGGUGGCGAGGUGGUGAACGGCACCCUGGGAAGGCCGAGCCUGGAUGACACAUACGCCUCGGUGGACGGACUGAAACGCACGGCGCUCAGCUCGUCGCUCAGAGACCUCUCAGAGACAGGGAAGCGAGGUCGUAGGAACAGUGUUGGCUCAUUGGACAGUACCAUUGAAGGUUCCAUUAUUAGCAGCCCCCGGCCUCACCAGCAGCGCCCCCUGCAUGCUGGAGGUCUUUCCUACAGCCCCAUGAUGGUCCCUUCGUCUCCAGCAGCCUACCGGCCGCACCGCCCUACUCAGAGCCCCGGUACAGGGGUGGGGGGUGGGCCGGGGCUCUGUCACAACCAGGGGGGGGUCACCACCUCCCCGCUCGUGAGCGGGGGAGGGGCUGGGGGCGGAGGAGGGAUGGUGGGCGGGGGAGGACCGACUGGCGGCGGCCUUCUGGGGAAUUUCUUCGGGAGCCGCAGAGGCAAAGUUCCUGGUCCCCUGACGAUGACGUCACCAACUCCUCAGGGUCCUCCGAGUCCCCUGAUGAUCUCGUCACCCCCCCACUACCCCGCCCCCGCGCCCCCCAUCCCCCACCCCUCCUCCCCUUCCCCAUGCCCCUCCCCAUCGCCCAACCUCGUUCAGUCGGACUCGGGAGGGGUUGGCGGGGGCGGCGGUACGGGCGUGGCGCCGUCCAAGCUCCAGGCUUUGCACGCUCAGUAUUGCCACGGCAACAGUGGAGGAGGAGGAGUCAGUGUUACUGGGCACCAGCAGCAACAGACUCCGCCCCCGCCCUACCACCACCACCACCGCUACCACAUGCAGAGCGUCCCGCAGCACCACGCCCUCACGCACAGGUUCUCGGCCCCACCGCGGCGGCAGGGCCCGUCCAGCUGCGCUCCGUCUCACAGCCAGCAGCAUCAGAGGCUGCAGCAUGGCGCCGGCCAGCACACACGCUACAACCUGGGCUUCAUCACGCCACCGCCGCUGUCCCCCCACUCCCCCAUCACCCCCACUACCCCACACGGACUCUACCACUCGCACCCGCGGCAGGGAGGCGGUGGCAAGCUCCCACUGACCAUCUCUCACUCACAGCCCCACCCCCACGCGCACACACACUCUCACAACCACGCCGUGCACACACACUCCCCGCUCAGCCCCUCCCCCUCCGCCUCCCCGUCCACACACUUCAUCUUCAACACCCCGCCCCCCCAGACACCCUCGGCGCGCCUCCUUACCCAGACGCCCUCGCAGCCUUACGGCCCCCAGUACCCGCCCAUUUCCUCCAUCCCGCCUCCCCCGCUGCACUCCCCGCUGCCUCCCCCGUCCACCGCCCCACUCUCCCUGCACCCGGGGGCGGGGCCGGGGCAAGGGGGCGGGCCCAAGUCCAAACCCGUCAGCCGGAUCAGUACGGUCGUGUAA